UGUAGUAAAUAAUGGUGGAAUGGUGGAAUUUGUUAUGAAAUCAUAUCUCAAAUAUGCAGGCAGUACAUCUUGAAAAUUUGCCUGACGAAUUAUUAGAAUACAUUCUAUUUAAUAGAGUGUUAGAAGCACAAGAUAUCCUUAGCUUUGGAUGUACGUGCAAACGAUUUCAAAGUAUAAGUUACAGCAACGAGAUUUGGAAACGAACACUCCUUCGUAGAUGGCCAGAAUUGGGACAAAUAAGCGACUCCUUGGAUGCAUCAAAACACAAUUGGCAAGAGCUGUAUAAAUUCCGAUUCCGGUGCAUCAGGAACGUGGAAAUCCUGCUACAGGAUCUUGUGAAUGAGUGCUAUGAACAACGGGAGGUGUCCUACAAGCGCUUUACACCUUUUCAACAACUAGCUGCGGAGUAUGAAGCUGAUGUUGGAAAUGUCUGCGUUGAGGAACAGCUCCUUGAUGUGCUAAACGAAGGAGAUUCAUUUCAGAAUUUAACCCAGAAGUACUAUGCUGUGAGGGCGCUACGGUAUCUUCAACAUCCACGUUUAGAAAAGGAUUUCUUGAAGUUUCUUGAUGCCCCUGAAGAUCAGCAAAGCCUUGAAGAUGGUGCAAUUGUGAUAGCACAGUGGAACCAAUCAGGAACAAGAGUAAACAAGAAAGAAAUUUAUGAAAGGCUUGACCAGUUGGCAGAAAGGGUUCGACUACAAGUGUGUAUCAGGUAUGGUGAUGAGCACCCAGCCAGUCAAGGCUCAGUAGAUGAACCUCUCUCCGUUGAUCAAAGUACCUUUGUUCUUGAUGUUCUCAAUACAAUCUUCUAUGAAGUGGAGAAUUUUGAGGGUAAUAAGGAUGAUUAUUACAACCCUAAUAAUUCUUUUAUUGACAAGGUCUUGGAAACCAAGCAGGGAAUUCCUAUCUCUCUAGCUGUCAUCUACUCAGCAGUAGCAAGACGUCUUGGCAUCACCCUCGACCCGGUUAAUUUUCCUAACCACUUUAUUUUACGUUUGGAUGUUCAACCCAUGCAGAAAAAUAACGCAAAUAAGUACAAGUACAUUGAUGUGUUUCACAGUGGCCAGAGGCUGAGCAAUGUUGAGUGUUAUUCAUUGUCUCCGAUGAUGAAUACCUUUGGCAUUGGCAGUGAGUACUUCAGAGCAUGCUCGACAAGAGCAGUGUACGUCAGGAUGGUUGCCAACCUCAUGAGGCUCACAUCGCACCUUGAUGAUGUGAGGAUGCUCGAUGGGUAUGAAUUGUUCCUUCUCCUCUGCUCGGAUGAUGAGGAUGCUGCAAUCACAUUGCGUAGAUUCUAUCUUCAAUCUGGUAUGAAUGUACAAGAGGUUUUGGAUUAUCUGCGACAAUGUCAUCCAACUACUAACAACAUGUUAACUCUUAAAAAGUACAUGAUACGAGAGGCGCAUACAUUACUAGAAGAAGAAGAAAAUCCAAACAAAGUUAUUACAGUGAAAAGGCGGGCAGACCACCAGGAAGUGGAAUAUUCUGUUGGGAUGAUCAUGCGGCAUCGAAGAUAUGACUAUAUGUGUGUUAUCUAUGGAUGGGACCCUCUAUGCGAGAUGUCUGAGAAUUGGAAGUCGCAGAUGGGUGUAGACAGGCUUCCGAAUAAAGAUCGCCAACCAUUCUACAACGUGCUUGUUGCAGAUCAGUCUAAACGCUAUGCAGCACAAGAGAGUUUGAUGAUAGAAGCAAAUCCACAAGUGAUUACUCACUCUGAGGUUGGCAAGCAUUUUGUGGAGUUCAAAGGGAAUUAUUAUCUAGCCAAUGAGGAGGUAAUAAAGCGUUACCCUGAUGAUAUGCAUGUGACAACUCGGAUGGCUCUUCAGAAUCGCAAUUGACCUAGACCACGUGAAUCAAGUCUCUGUGGUAUCGCCUCAACCCCGUCUAUUCUGUGCUAGUUAAAUACGGGUGAUGUGUUUGUUAUAAAGAGCCCCUUUAUGUCAGUGUUACGGUAAUGUGAGGACUACCCUAAAAAAAAGUGGAAUACCUAGGUGGACGUAAUUCAAAGCCACCUCACCCCUCAGGUGUUGUUCAAAUUGCCCUGUAGUUUUAUUCUGAAAAUUAUGUUUGUAUAAUUCAUCGCUCGCAUUACAAACUAACAAAAUGAAAGCGCGUCAACAUAAGCACGUAUUGGUUGUCAAGCAAUUUUGUAAUCUUUAGGCGAGAUUUUUUCUAUACCUUGUUUCUUUAAGUUUCAUUAGGAGAGGGUGGAAAAAAUUUAAACAAAAUUGUGUUUUUUCAUUUAGCAAAUAUUUUUGCCAAAAACAUCCAGUUGGAGUAGAAAAUAAAAAUAAAAUUUUAAUGGGACGGUGAACUGCUUUAAAUCUAUAUAAUUAGGAAGAUUUCAUGGCAGCAGCAGCAGUAAUAAAAAUAAAGGGAAACCUUUCUUUUUUUCUGAAAUUUCCAUUUUUUCGUGGCGGGGGUGCGCUAAUUGGCCAAAAAUAAAAUCUUAUUUUUAUUCGAGAUCAUUAUUAUUGGUGGGUUGCAGGUUUGUUGAACAUGAUAUAAAAAAGUCUCGUGUUAAAAACCAAAAAAUCUGUAACAACAACAGCGUUUAUUUUAAUGUGCUAUUUUGUAUUCACGAACUAACACAAUUUCCUUUCAUUAUGUUUCCUGAUAUGAGCGAUGAAUUUACAGUACCUCAUAUCUGAGAUGUACGUAAAUGUCAUGAUAUGAUUUCAGCUGCCAAAAAAAAAUGUUUUUAAUUAAUGUUAGAAAUUGUUUUGUUGUUAAUAUUUAUAUAUUAUUUGUAUAUGUUGUAUACUGUACUGUAUUAAAAUAUACUUUUCUGUGAGAGGGCCUCUAUGGUGAACUUGGCUUCUAUUUGAAGAGUAAAUAAGUAAUAAAAUGAUAGUAAUUUAGUGUUAAGCAAUUUCUCAAUAUAAAUAGAGUAACUUGGUGUUAUGGAGGGUCGUGCUAGCCACACUACCAAUUUUCUAUUUUGUGAGUAAGGUAAAGGUAGUCCCAUAUUCAUUAUUGAAUGUAGGGGAAUGAGCUGUUAGCCCAUCGUACUAAGCCUCGGUAUUGUGUGGUAGGGUGGCCAGUUACUUUCCACGCAUUUUGUGAGUACACAUAGUAUAAUACUAAUAAUAAUAAAUAGUAAAUCUGAAGUGGUGCCUCAGAAAUUUAUUGACAGGGGUCCAAACCAAGGGGCUGAAUAUAGCCAUGGUCAAGGUCCCGGAAUAAACAUUUCUGGUAGGGUUCAUGGGGAGAGUUUUUAUGUCUUAGUAUGACCCAAGAAUUGUGCUUUUAGACCAGAAUAUUAGGGAUUGGUAAUCAAAAUAACGUUAUUUGUAUAGGCAAAUUCCUCCUCCCCAGCUGGCACAUUCACUGUUCCUCAUUCAAAUUAGAUUUUUGACUAUUUAGAUGGGCUCCUGGAGCUUGCAGAAGCUGCAGUUAAGCACCACCUUACUUUAAUACCACUGCCCAUUAAAAACUACUAGUAACGGACCCCAGACACAAAAUUGUUUAACAGAUACACUUAGACACAAAAUUGUGAGGGUUAUUCAUGCUGCCCAGGUCUAAAAUAUUGUAAUAGGAAGGAUCCUUAAUAAUAAUAAUAAUAAUACUGUAAUAAUAAAUAAAUGAUAAUAUUUAUAAGGCGCACAAAUCCAUUGCAGUAGUUCACAAUGUGCUAAAACAAUUAUCAAAAUAAUUCUUCCAUGUUCAAAGUAUCAUCAGUGAGUUCAUAUAUAUUAAAAUCAAAACUAUACACGCCAAGUUUUAUGGUGAUUUAAUAUCACGUGCAUGUCAUAUAUUUUUUUAAAUAACAAAUGCAGGUAACAUUUAUAAUUAAGAUUAGCAAAAGGUCAACAUAACAAAACCAGUUAAAAUUUAACAUGUUGGCUGCCAGGGACGAGUAUACUGGUCCCACAUGGGUGUUGCCGAGGGCACCAGGACAAAUAUACUCGUCAAAAUCAUCGGGGUAACAUUCUAGCGUUUAUUACUUCUUUUUUUAUACAUCGUAUAACCACAGACCCAACGGCUGGUGGUAGUUUGAGGAAGAUAACAUACAUCAUUUGUAUGUUAUUGUCAUAUUAUGUUUGUUGUGUUACUUUGACGGUAGUAGACGGUACAAGAGGGGGCUCCUUUUGAACAUAUACCAAGCUUGUUUUGGCAGAAAGCUUAAAAAAAAGGUCUGGCAGUCAACAAGUUACAAUUGGCAGAAAUGAAGUGAAUUAAUGUAAUUAUGUAGAAAAUAAAUAUUUACUUUUCCGGAGAGAAAAUAAAAGUGGUUCAAAGCUGUUGA